CUCAGUCUACGGCGGAUGCCCAUGGUGGUUAGAUCGAGUUUCGGUUAGGAUCGCACUGCGUUAAAGAAACAAAACCAGGAAAAAAACGUGUCUGUGAAAGUCUUUCCCUGUUCGGUUCGGACUAUACUGUAUCGUCAGAAGGAAUAUCUACAGCGGUGUGUUCUGUCGGUAUCCGAGCGCAUUUUUGUGGAUUCCUGGUUGGAUUUAGCCUUGAAACGAUUUAUCGAUUCAUAAACGCAUCACAAUGAAAUUCACCCCGCCGCCGACAACCCUUCGUGAGCCGCUCAACAUACCGGAAAAGAUCAUGAUGGGCCCAGGACCCUCCAAUUGCACCAAACGUGUACUAUCGGCCAUGAACAAUACCUGCCUGAGUAAUUUCCACGACGAGCUGUUUCAAGUGAUCGAUGAAGUGAAGGACGGCCUGCGGUACGUCUUCCAGACCGAAAACCGAACCACCAUGUGCAUAACCGGUUCGGCACACACCGGAAUGGAAGCCCUGCUGUGUAAUCUUCUGGAAGAGGGCGACAUUGUGCUGAUAGCCGUCAACGGAGUCUGGGGUGAUCGAGCGGUCAACAUGGCCACCCGUUACGGUGCGGACGUACGAGUGCUGAAAGGACCUGCCGAUAAGCCCUUUUCGUUGAUCGAUUUGAAGAAGGCCAUCGAGCAACAUAGGCCGAAGUGUCUAUUUGUAGUGCACGGAGACUCAUCCACGGGGCUGUUGCAACCUCUGGAAGGGUUGGGGAAGAUCUGCCACGACUACGACUGUCUUCUGUUGGUAGAUGCCGUGGCCAGUCUGUGCGGUGUCCCAUUCUACACGGACAAAUGGGAAAUCGAUGGGGUCUACACCGGGUCGCAGAAGGUGCUGGGCGCCCCACCCGGAAUCACACCCAUAUCCAUAAGUUCGAGGGCUUUAGAAUUGAUUCGGGCCAGGAAGACUCAAUCCAAGGUAUUCUACUGGGACCUGCUAAUUCUGGGUAACUAUUGGGGAUGUUACGAUGAGCAGAAGAGGUAUCACCACACCGUACCGAGCAACCUGAUUUUUGCACUCCGUGAAGCUUUGGCUCAAGUCGCCGAAGAAGGCCUCGAGUCGGUCAUCCGACGUCGGAUGGAAUGUGCUGAGCUGAUGUACCGUGGACUGAACGCGAUGGGUCUGAAUGUUUUCGUUAAAGAUCCAAAGCAUCGUCUGCCUACCGUGACCUGUAUUAUGAUCCCAGAUGGCAUCAACUGGUGGAAGGUUUCUCAAUAUGCCAUGGAUAACUACUCACUGGAGGUACAGGGUGGCUUCGGGCCCACGUGGGAGAUUGCGUGGCGUGCCGGAAUCAUGGGUGAGAGUUCAACGGUGCAGCGGGUCAACUUCUAUCUGUAUGCAUUUAAGGAAUCUCUCAAGGCUACGCAUCCAGAUUUCGUAUUCGAAGAGAGGAACGGUCAUGUGGCGCAGAUAGAAAACGGGACAAAGUGACCUCGGCUUGGCGUUUAACGAUGAAGCGAACCUUCAACUGACGGAGUAAGGUUAUCACCAAAUUGUCUUGUUUUUUUCUUUUCUUUUUUUUUUUUGUAACAGAAGAACACAAAAAUGGUCGCUACAAAAAUAUUAUGAUUUACGAUAAGCUAAUAACGACGAAAACCAUGUAU